UCCAAAGCCAAGGCAAAUCUGGAAAAGAUGUGUCGCACACUGGAAGACCAGUUGAGUGAGAUUAAGACGAAGGAAGAAGAGCAUCAGCGCAUGAUCAAUGACCUCAGUGCUCAAAGAGCUCGUCUACAGACAGAGUCAGGUGAAUACUCACGCCAAGUGGAGGAGAAAGAAUCACUGAUUUCUCAGCUGUCAAGAGGCAAGCAGGCUUUCACCCAACAGAUUGAGGAGCUCAAGAGACACUUAGAGGAAGAGAUAAAGGCCAAGAACGCGCUGGCCCAUGCCUUGCAGUCUGCUCGCCACGACUGUGACUUGCUCCGGGAACAAUAUGAGGAGGAGCAGGGAGCCACGGGGGAGCUGCAGCGUGCCCUGUCCAAGGCCAACAGCGAAGUGGCCCAGUGGAGAACCAAAUAUGAGACAGACGCUAUUCAGCGCACAGAGGAACUGGAGGAGGCCAAGAAGAAGCUGGCACAGCGCCUGCAGGAUGCAGAAGAACAUGUGGAAGCUGUCAAUGCCAAAUGUGCCUCCCUGGAAAAGACAAAGCAGAGGCUGCAGAAUGAAGUGGAGGACCUGAUGAUUGAUGUGGAGAGAUCAAAUGCUGCCUGUGCAGCUCUGGAUAAGAAGCAGAAGAACUUUGACAAGAUCCUGGCAGAAUGGAAGCAGAAGUAUGAGGAAACACAGGCUGAGCUGGAAGCCUCCCAGAAGGAGUCUCGCUCUCUCAGCACGGAGCUGUUUAAGAUGAAGAAUGCCUAUGAGGAGUCCUUGGACCACCUGGAAACGCUGAAGCGCGAGAACAAGAACUUGCAGCAGGAGAUUUCUGACCUCACGGAGCAGAUUGCAGAGGGAGGAAAAGCGAUUCACGAGCUGGAGAAAGUCAAGAAGCAGAUUGAGCAGGAACAAUCUGAGCUCCAAGCCUCACUGGAGGAAGCCGAGGCAUCCUUUGAACAUGAAGAGGGCAAGAUUCUGCGCCUCCAACUUGAACUCAACCAGGUCAAGGCUGAGAUUGACAGGAAGGUAGCAGAGAAAGAUGAAGAGAUCGACCAGAUGAAAAGAAAUACCCUCAGAAUGGUGGAGUCCUUCACCAAUCGCCAGGCUGCUGAGGCACAGAAGAACCUGAGAAAUACACAGGGAGUGCUCAAGGAUACUCAGAUACACUUGGAUGAUGCUCUGAGGGCACAGGAGGACCUGAAGGAGCAGGUGGCCAUGGUGGAGCACAGAGCAAACCUGCUGCAGUCUGAAAUUGAGGAGCUACGAGCGGCUCUGGAGCAGACGGAGCGGUCGAGGAAAUUGGCAGAGCAGGAACUGAUGGACGCAAGUGAGAGAGUUCAGCUCCUCCAUACCCAGAACACCAGCUUGAUCAACACCAAGAAGAAGCUGGAAACAGACAUCGCUCAAAUUCAGGGUGAGAUGGAGUAUACCAUCCACGAAGCCCGCAAUGCUGAAGAGAAGGCCAAGAAGGCCAUCACAGAUGCGGCCAUGAUGGCAGAAGAGCUGAAGAAGGAGCAGGACACCAGCUCCCACCUGGAGAGGAUGAAGAAGAACCUGGACCAGAUGGUGAAGAACAUGCAGCACCGUCUGGAUGAGGCUGAGCAGUUGGCACUGAAGGGUGGAAAGAAGCAACUCCAGAAACUAGAGGCGAGGGUCAGUGAGUUAGCAAACGAGCUUGAUGCUGAGCAGAAACAAGGAACUGAGUCACUGAAAAGUGCUCGCAAGUAUGAACGAAGGCUGAAGGAGCUCACUUACCAGUCUGAAGAGGAUAAGAAAAAUAUUCUCCGGCUCCAGGACCUGGUGGACAAACUGCAGUUAAAAGUGAAAGCAUACAAGAAACAGGCUGAGGAAGCUGAAGAACAGGUAAAUGCUGUUCUCGCACGAUACCGCAAGACCCAGCACGAGCUGGAAGGGGCUGAAGAAAGAGCUGAUAUUGCUGAAUGUCAGGUUAACAAGUUGCGAGCCAAAAGUCGUGAAGGACAG